CAAUCAAUAGGCUAACCAAAUGCCAUGCAUGAUAUAAAGUUAUAAUGAUAAGGUUCACAUGUCACACAUCAAGCAAUUAUAUAAAAAUGCAAUUUAAAAAACAUGCAGCAUUAGUAAAGAAAGCAUGGACCAGGAUUUUAAGGUAAGAAUGCAAACCUACCCCAUCCCCGAGCUUUAAGACUUUUGUCUUUAAUAUGUAGAGCAAAAACUAAAAUUCCUUUUUGCAAAGAUAAACUGAUAAGGUGAGGUCAGGGUCUCAUGAGAGGUGACCCCAAAAAAGAGAAUGAAAAUUGGGUGUUGCAGUCUCUUCUCUACUUUGUAAGCCUCUUUACUCAAUGCUAAAUCUUGAACAGGAACUACCAUUAUCAUCGCUUAGAUUCUACUCUAUCCCAGAGCUACCAUCUCAUUUCUGACUUCGUGGCUAUUUCAAUGCCAAGUGACAUCACAGCCAAGAGGACUUCUGCUGCUUUUACCUUUCAAUUCAACCAAAAAGAGAAGGGGAGGGAAGAAAACUCCUUCCACAAUGGUAAACUUUAGCAGAAGAAAGUUAUUUAGUUCAUGACAAUUUUCUACAAAUCUGAAAGUCAAUUUAUUAAAUGAGAAUAUACCAAAUAUAUAAAAUCAAGACAGCUUUGCCCUUGCAAAUCUGUGAGUCCAAUUGCAUUAUGGCAACGUGUCAGUGCUUUGCAGGUAUUUCACUUAUUCUUCCACUUAAUAUUGGAGAUUAUUAUGGUUGAUCCCUGAACUCUGAUGCACAAUAAACCAUGUAAACAAUAUCAGGAAACCUAUGUAAGAGUAAGUGCAAAUAAUACUUUGAAGCAGAUAUCAGGUCAUCCUAGAUGACACAAUAUAUUUUAGAAAGAAAUCAAGAUCCUUUGAUUCACAUGCAGCAACAGAAUGACAACAGUGUUUUCUUCAUGCAUUUUGUUUCUAACAGAAAGCUUGAUAUGUAUUUUAGCCAUUAAAAACACUCUCAUACGAUGAAAGAAAUUUUAGUAUCAAUAAAGAGACUUCAGAAGAAAUUAUGAAAAUUCAUUGCUCAUACAUUUUUCAACGUAAAUGUUAAUUUGCUAUACAUUUUCAAUGUAGACAUUGCUUUGUAAAGAAUAAUGAUCCCUUCAGUGGAAAAUUAGUUCUCUCCCAAUCCAAAGAUUAGUUUUAACAUUUUCAGAAACUAUGAGAACAAAAAGAAAAUUUAUUUUCCAUUCCAGGAAAAGAAGGUCUAAGAAGAGAUUAGCUUAUUGAUGCCCAAGUUUGGAUAUGGGCAUUUAUAGACCCAUCUUGGUCCAGGAUACCGAACACAAUGUAGCCUUAAGCCCUUUUCAUGCCCAUCAUAUCUGCAAUUCAGAAUUUUAGUACGAGAAAGUUGAAAAUAAACCCACUAGAUACUAAAUAAGACAGUUGUGUGAGAUCUGCUUGCAUUGACAAGGACCUAGUCUUUGACCCUCAAAUUUUAACAAUCUUGGGAUUGAAAGCAAGUCCACAGAGGUGGUUGGUUUAACAUUACUCAAGAAAGCCCACUCUUUGCA